AUGGCGUUGUCAACGCCUUGCCAUCCCUUUCUCGCAAUGUCAAUAAACCAAAGGGCGUUGGAGGCAAUCAGCCCCAUUCUGAAAACAGCGCUGCAACGGCGUUGUCAAUGCCAUUCUCAAAACGGUUGCUACCUCAACGCCCCCAUAAUUUGCUGGGUAGACGGGGACGUCUCCUAUGUGGAUUUUCAGUCCAUUGCGCAGGAGGGGAAAGUGCCUCCAGAGUUGGAAAAGCUGAGAUGGGCUGGAAUAGAAGAGCAGAUGAUAGCAACAGAGUACAUGGAAUCUCUUCUGGAAUCCAACUGGAAAAACAUGAGCAAACCCAGGAGUGGGUUCCAGGACACGUUACCAGGUUGGGUCAUCGCACCUCGAGAUUUCGUUUCCUUGGCCAUGAAAAUCGACAACAUCGGCAGUGAUAAUUUUCAGCAUUUGGCACAGCCACUGCUGAAAUACUUUUCGCAAAGAGGCUGGCAUUUUUCGACGAAAAAUAGCUUAAUUGUGGUCACAAAUGCCAGCAAACACGACAACGAAUUCCCGCCUCUUCCUGGUGUCAUCAGGGGUACUUCAGGACCUUCAGGCUGGUUGAUGACAUCAGUUUCACCUGAAAGCGAUUCAGCAACACGAAUUCAUUGGUUGAUGAACGUGGACAGCCAAAUUCCAAAACUUGUUCCCACUAAGAAAAAGAGAGAAAAAUUCGGGUCAGGAGGAAAACCGGAAGCUCUGCGAUCCCACGAAGCUUAUCGCAGGUUGGACAGAAGAAAUGAAUGUGCACUAGACGAAAUAAUCUGGAAAGUGGGGGAUCUUUCCAGUCGGCAGAACCCAGGGGAAAUUGGCAUGAACAGUUUUACAAGAAGAAACACGCUCUUAACGCGAAAUGGAAGUUCAGGAGCGAGUUCUGUUGCGGAAGUCAACAUUGCUAUAGUUGGAGAACAAGGCAGUGGAAAAUCAGUUUGGAAUUGGGACAUGAAACAAAUGCCCACCUGA